AUGAAAUUGGGAACAAACAAAGAAGAGGAAUUCAAGGGGGGGUAUCUCUACCGCUGUCUACGCGUUCGAAACGAGCCUAAGCACUACUCAACUAAUCUGGGACGUGAUUGCAAUUACGAAAAUAGAAGACAUCUAAGAUGUGGUAUACAGAGGUGUGACGGUCAUCAUGCACUUUGAUUUAUUUAAAAGAUCAUGUACUAAUGCUUUAGAUGCCAUCUUUUUUCCUUUUUAAUCUCAAAUAUCAAAAUGAACCCUAAAUUACUAUGACUAGUAUGGGAACUAAGAAAUGGUAAAAAAAUCACCAAGCAAAUGAAUGCAUGAUAUUAGUCUUGUAUAUAAUCUAUAUUUUACUUAACUAUAUAUGAUUAGGUGAUAUGCAUCCGCACUUUAAAUUGUGAAUGUCAUAGUUAAUCGGGCAUGAUUUGGUGUAAACACUCGGGUUCGGGCAAGUAUUUGCAAGGUUCUUUUUUUCUUUUUCCUUUUCUAUUUUAGUUUGCAGGUUCUGAUGGCUUCAAAAAUGGGUAGGUGAAUUAGAAAAUUCAACAAAUUAAUGCAUGUUUAUGAAGAAGGAAAGGCAGAAGGAAAAGGAGGGCCUUAAAUAUUGAAGUUUUAAGAGGAAAAGGAAUCGGUCUAAUUUUCUCCCCGCCCCGCGUGGAAAGCUGUCUUGUUUCACCUUAUAGGGGAGCUGCAUGCGCUAUAUAUACAGAGAUUAGCACCCAAAGAAGAGAUCAUUAAUUCGACUCUCUCAUUCUUUAUUUGUUUUCUUCCUUCCUUCAAUCCAAGUUUAUCAGGUAAAAAUGAGUGAUGAUCAGGUAUCCCAACAUAGACGCGCCCCUCGCUUGAAUGAGAGGAUCCUCUCAUCAUUGUCCAGGAGGUCUGUUGCUGCUCACCCUUGGCACGAUCUUGAGAUUGGACCUGAAGCUCCAAAGGUUUUCAAUGUUGUCAUUGAGAUUACAAAAGGUAGUAAAGUCAAAUACGAGCUUGACAAGAAAACUGGUCUCAUUAAGGUUGAUCGUGUCCUAUACUCAUCAAUGGUGUACCCCCAGAACUAUGGCUUCAUUCCUCGGACAUUAUGUGAAGAUAAUGACCCCAUGGAUGUACUAGUCCUAAUGCAGGAGCCUGUCCUCCCAGGUUGUUUCCUUCGAGCUAGGGCCAUAGGUCUGAUGCCUAUGAUUGAUCAGGGUGAGAAGGAUGAUAAAAUAAUUGCCGUGUGCGCUGAUGAUCCAGAGUAUCGCCACUACACUGAUAUAAACCAGCUUCCCCCUCACCGCCUGGCAGAAAUCCGCCGCUUUUUUGAAGACUAUAAGAAGCUUGAGAACAAGGAGGUUGCUGUUAACGAGUUCCUGCCUCCAAGUACUGCUGUCGACGCCAUCCAGUACUCCAUGGACCUUUAUGCUGAAUACAUAUUACAAACACUGAGAAAGUAAUUGGAUGUUUUAUGGAGCAUUCUGCCAAAGUUUUAAUUGGUAUUAUUGAAAGUGAGUCUGUUGGAAGUCAUUGAAAUGAUUUAGCUACCGUGGCAAUUUGCUCAGGAUCAUCCUCUGCGGCAGCUAGAUUGUUGUGUUUUUCUUUUCAUAUUUUUUUUAUGUUUGUUUUUGACAAUUUGGUGGGAAAGGGAGGUUAAUAUAUAAUUACGGAAUUAACACAUUCGCUAUAAUUCCAUUUGGGACAUUAACCAAUGUUUGUACUUCUUGCUGGGGCUGGUCUAUUAUGUUCAAUCUUCGGUUGCAUCUA